GAGAUCGGACAUGGAUCAAUCAAAUCUCCUCUCCUCUCCCCCCCCCAAUAAACGCGCUAUAUCGCGACCAUGGCAACUGGUUCCAAUAAAUCAUAGAGGAGAAGAGGAAUAGUUAUUUCCUGUGUGUGUGUGUGUGUGCGGGUGUGUUGUGUCUUGCAAACCGUACGUGGCCUGCCGAAUCCCCAUUUUUCAUAGAGAAAGGGAUCGAGGCUCUUCCUUUUUAUAUACGAUCCGUUCCGGUUCUCUCCCCUCCCUAUCCUCCGCUCGCCUCUUUCCUCAUUCUGUGGGUGUCAGUGCUUAGAAUGCAAUCGGAGAUCAAUCUUAACUGAAACAAUUACACCGAAAUAGCGAGAGAUAUAGAUAAAGAGGGAGGGAGAGCGGGCGAGAGAUCUUCCCACAUUGAUUUGGAUGUCGUCUCAAUGAUAAUGAGAGAGAAUCAUACUAGUAGUUGAGAUUUCGCGGGAAGGAAACGAGGAAGAAGAGGAGCUAGGUUUGAGAGAGAGAGAGAGAGAGAGAGAGAGAGAGAGCUCCGGGAGGUGAAAGGAGAUGAAAGGGUACGGCUCCGCCGGUGCCGGCGGAGGAUCGGUGGUCGCCCAGCCGGCGUCGAAGCGGCGGUGGAAGGGGCAAGCUGCGGCCGUCUUGGCCCUCGUCGUCUUCUCGCUGCUCGUCCCACUCGCCUUCCUUCUCGGCCUCCACAACCGCUUCCCGUCCGGAUACUUGGUUGAUGAUCGCUCCCAACAGGAAACUACGUUUGAGAAUUACCAUAAUGUGGGCGGUGGUCAAGAUCAGACUCCCUCAGAGGAUGAUCAGCGAAGGGUUCUUAACCUUAUGAACAGAUUUGCGCCACCUUUCCAGAAGGAUGCUAAUAGUGUGUCACCUGAUGAAUACAUGAGAAUCAACAACACUGGUAGUUCACCAUCUACUUUGCAACCAAAGGACCAUACCUCUCAGCCUAUAACAAAGAAUGAGGCAUCCAUAUCGAAAGGUCCACUUACAGAAAAUAAUGUUGCUCUGAAGGAACCUUCAUCUCUGAGUAAUAGAAUUGGUGGGGAAGAUGGAAAGAAGAACCGUGACAAAGCUUCAAAUGUUUAUGAGACAGAGAGCUCCUGUGAACUUGAAUUUGGAAGCUAUUGCCUAUGGUCCAGAGAACACAGGGAAGUAAUGAAAGAUUCUGUUGUGAAGAGACUGAAGGAUCAGCUUUUCGUGGCAAGAGCUUACUAUCCGAGCAUCGCAAAACUUCAGGGUCAAGAAAACCUAACACGUGAACUGAAACUGAAAAUUCAGGAUCAUGAGCGCAUGCUUAGUGAAGCAGUUUCUGAUCCUGAUCUUCCACCAUUUGUGGGGAAGAAUAUAAAAAGAUUGAAUGAGGCGAUUGCAAAAGCCAAGUCAUGCAGUGUUGAUUGCAACAAUGUUGACAGGAAACUUAGACAGAUACUUGAUCUGACAGAAGAUGAAACUCAUUUUCAUAUGAAGCAAAGUGCAUUCCUAUAUCAACUUGGUGUCCAGACCAUGUCCAAAAGUUUCCAUUGCCUUUCCAUGAGACUGACAGUAGAAUAUUUCAAAUCACCAUUAUCAGAUAUGGAGCAUCCAUUUGCUCACAAAAUUGACAGUCCAAAUCUUCAGCACUAUGUUAUCUUUUCCAGAAAUAUACUUGCAUUAUCAGUAACUAUCAACUCUACCGUUAUGAAUUCUGAGGAAUCUGAUACCAUAGUUUUCCAUGUGAUCACUGAUAAAGAGAACUUUUAUUCCAUGAAACAUUGGUUUGCCAGAAAUUCAUACAGAAAGGCGACCAUUCACAUCCAAAACUUUGAUGAGCUUAAGGCUAAUCUCUUUGGCAACUUGGAUUUGGCAGAGCUGUCAGUGUCUGAGGAGUUUCGUCUCUCUUCUCAGGCUAUUUCUCAACCAACCCCUUUGCAGAUGAGAACCAAGUACCUCUCAAUUUUUGGUCAUUCCCACUUUCUUCUCCCUGAUAUAUUCAAGAAUCUAAAGAAGGUAAUUCUUUUGGAUGAUGAUGUGGUUGUCCAGAAGGACAUAUCAUUUUUGUGGAAUCUUGACUUGGGAGGAAAAGUAAAUGGUGCGACACAAUUUUGUGGGGUCAAAUUGGGUCAGCUGAAACCGUACUUGGGCACCAGUGGGUAUGAGAGUAAUUCUUGUGCUUGGAUGUCUGGACUAAACAUAGUUGACUUGGAGAAAUGGAGAGAACAUGAUAUCACUGGAAUUUACAGAAGGUUUCUCCAUCAGUUGCAACAUGAAAAUGAGGCGGGGUGGAGGGCUGCAACACUCCCAGCAGGUUUACUUUCUUUCCAUGGUCAGAUAUAUGCUCUAGAUGAUGCAUUGGUUCAGCAAGGGCUCGGUCAUGAUUAUGGAGUCCCUGAAGACACCAUAGAAAAUGUGGCAGCAUUGCAUUAUAAUGGCAACAUGAAGCCUUGGCUUGAUCUAGGCAUUCCCAAGUACAAAAAAUACUGGAAGAAGUACCUCACACAAGACGAGCGAUUUAUGGAUGAGUGCAACGUUAAUCCAUAGCUUCAGCUGCAAGAAACAGUAUUAGAAUUGAAGCAAAAGGGGAGCCAAGGAAACUUGCUUGCUGUUGUGUCUGCAACUAAAGCAGAAACAUCAGAUGCUUCAACCGUCAAGUGUCACCAAUAAAAUUGGAAAGGAACGUUCGUCCUUAUGCAGCGGCCAUCGAGCAAGGCGAGCAUUGGUUUAACUCUAAGAUUCUUCACCGCAGAGAAAGGCGUAGGAAGAUAAAGGCUACAAGAGUUGAUCUUGUACAAUGUGUUUCAGGUAAGUUCACGUAUUAGCUGGUUUGCAUCCAUCAUUCAUUUGUUAUAUAUAGUCUGAAGAUUAAUGGGGUGGCACCUCAAAUUGGAUUGAUGCCAUCCUUGGACCACUGUAGAUUUAUUAUUUUUUCCCCCUAUUAUUUUUUUUCCC